AUGGCAAAGAUCAUUCGGGAUAUAAAUUUAGAUCUAACCGUGCAAAAACAUGUGAAACCGGAAGUUGUGUAUGUUCCCGUGGAUGUACGGGACUCGGACGUCGUAAUUGACAUAGAUCCCGAAAGCGGUAAUCUGAGCCCAUCUAAAGCAAAACCUGUGAAUAUUGGUGAGGUUGUAGAAAAAGCACGCGAUGCUUUUAACCGUGGCAUUACAAAACCUUUAGAAUGGAGGAAAAAACAGCUCAAGAGUCUUCUACGAAUGUAUGAGGAGAACUACAAUGUUAUGAUUGAGGUAUUGCAAAAAGAUUUAAGAAGAAGCAAGACUGAAGCUGUGCUGCUAGAAGUUGAAUAUCUUAUUAAUGAUUUGAAGAACACUAUACAUUAUUUGGAAGAAUGGGCGAAACCGGAUAGAGUAAGUUAUAGUAACUAUAGAUAUAAAGAAAACUGA